AUGGGCCUCGCAAACCACGACCUUCCACCCCCACCUUCGGGCAAAUACCCCGCCAAGGCGCAUGCCAGGCGCGUGGCUGAGUUCAUUGCUGAGAACGGUGGUCCCAAGGACGGCAUCAUUUACUUGGAAGCGCAGAAAACUGCUAUGGUUGAGGAUGAUGACCAAGCUGCACAUUUCCGCCAACGUAGAUUCUUCUUCUACCUCUCAGGAUGCGCUGUACCAGACUCGUAUCUUGCAUACGACAUCAAGAAUGACUAUCUGACUCUCUUCAUCCCUCCUAUCGACCCCGAAGAUGUUAUCUGGUCAGGCCUACCAAUCCUUGAGAAGGAAGCAAUGGAGAAAUUCGACAUUGAUGCAUGCAAGCCUUCGACUGAAGUCAACUCAUACUUGACCUCUCCCGAGACUCCUCAUGGCACUGUUCUGGCCAUACCCAAGCAAGUGGCAGAUCAUGUCACAUUCCUGUCAUUCGAAAAGACCAACUGGGACCUUCUGAAGAACGCUAUCGAACGAUGCCGCGUUGUCAAGGACGAGCACGAGAUCGGCCUUAUUCGUCAUGCUAACGCCAUCUCCUCUCACGCUCACACUGAAGUUAUGCGCAUGGUCAAGAACGCGCGCAAUGAGAGAGAACUCAUGGGCACUUUCGUUGGAGCCUGCAUCAGUAACGGUGGUCGCGAACAAGCCUAUGGCUGCAUCUGUGCUUCCGGUCCCAGCGCUGCGACCCUCCACUACGUCCACAAUGAUCUGCCUCUAUCCGAGAAGCUCAAUCUUCUCAUUGAUGCUGGUUGCGAGUACAACUGCUACUGCUCAGACAUCACCCGCACAUAUCCUCUUCAAGGCAAAUUCACAAAGGAGAGCCGUGAAAUCUACGACAUUGUAGACGAAAUGCAAGCCGAGUGCAUGAAGGCACUCAAGGCCAAUGUAAUGUGGGAAGACCUUCACGCUCUCGCCCACGAAAUCGCUAUCGACGGUCUGCGUCGCCUCGGCGUCCUUACCGGCGGCAACAAGAAGGAACUCUUCGACAGCAGAGUCUCCACUCUCUUCCUCCCCCACGGUCUUGGACACUACCUCGGCAUGGACACACACGACUCUGGCGGCAAUGCAAAUUACGAAGACCCUGAUCCCAUGUUCCGCUACUUGCGUAUCAGAGGCACUGUUCCAGCCAACUCUGUCGUUACCGUCGAGCCAGGCCUUUACUUCUGCCGCUUCAUCAUCGAGCCUGCACUCAAGGAGGAGAAAUACGCCAAGUACAUUGACAAGGCUGUGUUGGAGAGAUAUUGGGACGUUGGUGGUGUGCGUAUCGAAGAUGAUGUCUUGGUCAAGGAGGAUGGAUGCGAGAACUUGACUACGGCGCCUAGAUCUUGGGAUGAGGUUGAGGCUUUGAUUCACUCGGUAUAG